AUGGAGACCAUUUCAUCGUUGCAAGCGUAUCAUCUUCGAUGGAACAAUCAUCAAGAAAGCUUGCUGCACGUAUUUGACAAGCUGUUGCAAAGUGAAGACUUUGUGGACGUUACUCUGUGUUGUCAGGGGCAAAAUAUCCGGGCGCACCGCAUGGUCCUUUCAGCGUGCAGCCCAUUCUUCCAUGAUCUUCUUCGGGAACACCCUGGAAAGCACCCAAUAAUUAUCCUCAACGAUGUGAUGUACGAGGAUCUAUCGGUGCUCAUGCAAUUCAUGUACAAAGGAGAAGUCGACGUUGCCGCGGAGUGCCUUGAGUCCGUGUUGCAUGCUGCCCAUAUUCUCGGAAUCAAGGGAUUGGGGAGGAAGGCUUCUCCGUCCCCUGGUCGAAAACCUGCUCUGCCUACUCCGAAUUUUGUAAAAACUGUGAAACCAAGUUACCCCCAGCCACUGAAAGUCCCGCUACUUGAUCAAAUAUUGAAAGAAUCCCUUGCUGACACGUCCAUGUCACUGAAACGGUGCAACAUUACACCAUCCAUGCGACGCAUUUUGUGUACGGAGAGGGUUACCGAGGAAGGUAGCGUGUAUCCUAUCAUUCCUCCUUGCAACGGGAAACCGGCGAUGUGUCCAAAACGCACUCGCUACUCAGAUGAAUCUCUCAACGACACCGCGGAGGAAAGUGAAGCUUCUGUGGAUGCUGACGAUGCCGACGACGUGACUUCCAAGCUCAAAGUGCAGAUAGAAGAAGAUGCUUCU